GCUCGCAGUGUUUGAACAACAGAGGACAAUAUUAAGUGCAAAAAGUGUAUUCCGCUACAGGAAAGUUAUGUUUUUCUUUUGAUAAUAGCUUUUUCCAGUGGUAAAAGUGCGCGAUUACGAUUAAGUGACUGUUCUUGGGUUGGAAUCAGCUCAAUAAUCAUGGGUUCAACUAACGAUUCUGUUAAGCUUGAGAAGCAUCUAAAACUUCUCAAAGAAGAAUACACCAAGCUGCAGAAAAACUAUGCAGAGCUGGAGCGGAAAUAUAGUAAAGCUGUCGCUUCCAGCGAUGAUCACGACCUAGGCGAAUUCAGCAGCUUUGUUUCGCGUCUCGUCAUGACCGUUGCCACAUUGUACGGACGUAAGACAUAUUCGGAUAUAACAGUCAAGCUGAAAGACAAAAUCAUGCCGGGUCACAAGUUUGUAUUGAACGCCCGUAGCGAAGAAUGGCGCGAAGAGGUCAUAGGGGACAAAUCGGAACUUGAUUGGUCUGACCUAGAUGCCGACGUCGGUUAUGCCUUACUUCGCUGGAUUUAUACCGACGUCGUAGAUCUGCAGCAUGACUCGCUUGCUCUAGAUCUACUCAAAACAUCCCACCGUUUCAAAUUGCCCGGUCUAAUGGGACUUUGUGAGCGGGCACUGGUGUCGUCUGUUUCCGUACGGUCCUGUGUUCGGUUUUACUGUGUAGCCGAAGAUGUCGGUGCAGCUAACCUGUUGGAAUACUGUUCGGGAUUGAUUUCGACCCACUGGGACGAUCUGACGCCUCAGGACUUUGAACACAUGUCCGGUCCGCUGUUGUACAAGAUGUUGAAAAGUAAAACGAAGCAUCCGUUGCAUGCUGCAGUUCGUCUGCUUCGAGAGGACGUUGUUUUUCUAUGCCUGGUGGAAAACGACGGUUCGUUAUCCGAAAUAGUGAACAGUUUAUCACCGCAAGGGCAGCUGCCGUUAGGUUUAGCUCUGAUGGGUCGAAGCACGGCAAUCGCUCAGACCUUGUUGGAGACCGGCGGAGCAGAUAUCAACGCUUUUACUUCAGAGGGCUGUACACUGCUGAUCGACUCCAUCAAACGAGGCGAUGGAUUCACUGCGCAGUUCCUCCUGGACAAGGGUUGCAAUAUCGACCUGGUAACUCGUGACACCUCGGACACGGCUCUGCAUUUGGUGUGCACCUACGCCGAGAAGAGCACUGAUUCCGAAACGUUCCGCGAUAUGCUGAGCGUCGGAAGACAAUUGCUGAAACACCGCGCCGAUCCGAACGUUCAGAACAUUAGAGGAUAUUCACCACUUCACAUUGCAAUCACCUCUCAGCAUGUGGAUAUGAUCGAUGAACUGCUCAGCGACAAUGUGCUCACCCUGGACACCAACAUCCGAACACUGGAGGAAAAAUGUGCCUUGCAGUUUGCUCUUAUGCCGCCCCACAUAGAUGGACCACCAUUCGAUCUAGCUGCACGUUUACUGGAAAAGGGAGCGCGACCUAAUCCCAUCAAUUCGGGAACAGGUGACAGUCUUAUCCACACACUUGCCAAAAGCAGACUAGAAGAAGCCGCGGUGUUUCUGGCAGAGUUUGCCAAUUUGAACCAUGUGAACAAAGCUGGUCUAACACCGUUGCAUGUGGCUGCCUCGCAGGGACUGUCGAAUUUGGCUCGUGCUUUACUAGAAAAGGGUGCCUCGCCAAAUUUGCAAUCCGUUGUAGCCGAGCUCAAAACUGCCCUUCACUAUGCAGUGGAAUCGAAUAGUGCCGAAGUGAUUACGGCUUUUAUUGAGUGCAUAGAAUCUUUGGCUGACCAUGCGGAAGCGAUGGACUUCAAUUUGAAAAAUGCCCUUGGGGAUUCGCCUUUAAGCUUGGCUUUGUCCAUGGGAUACAACAAGUUGGUUCCUUUGUUGAUAAAGGGAGGUGCGGACAUGAAUGCCCGUAAUGGACAAGAUAUGACUCUAUUGCAUCAAGCUAUUCUCAAAGAGGACUCCAAGACGGCAGUCUUUCUGCUGAAUCAUGGAGCCGACAUGAAUGCUUUAACUGCAGAUCAGGAAUCCCCUCUGCAGCUUGCAAUUCAUUGUCGUUUGCCGGAUGUGGUAGAUGCACUAUGUACUCGUGGCGUUUCCUUCAGUGCACCAGAUAACAAAGGAGAUUGUCCUCUGUGGUCUGCCUUGGAAUCUGAACAAUUUGAAAUUGCUUCAGUUCUAGUUAAACAUGGCGUCGAUACUGAUUGCUGGGGUCCUGGUCCUGAUGGUUGCCUCCAAACUCUGCUGCAUCGUGCCAUCGAUGAAAAUAAGGAAGUAGCCGCUCAAUUUCUAAUCAAAAGUGGAUGCGACCUGGACUCUCCACGACAGCCCGGACCACAAGGACAAGGAGGAGAUGAAACUAAAGAUAAGGCCUCUCCACUACAUUUGUGUUGUCAGUGGGGCCUGAGGAACGUUCUCCACACUCUAAUCGAUCAUGGAGCAAAUGUAAACGCCGUUGAUUGCGAUCUGAAGACGCCGCUGCAUGUUGCAAUCGAAAAUCAACAUGAGGAAAUAAUUGGUAUUCUUCUGUGCCACCCAGGAAUAGAUCUAAACAUUCGGGACAAAUCUGGCAAUACACCGUUUGCAGCGGCCUUACAAGUUAGAAAUAAUAAGGCCGCACAAAACAUCCUUGAAAGACUGCCGAACGCUGCAGAGCAAAUGGACCAAAGAGGCCGCAAUUUCCUGCACUUGGCCAUUAUGCGAGAUGAUCUGGAAUCAGUUCUGUUCCUUCUGUCAAUCCACGUAGACGUCAAUUCUCGCGUACAUGACGUCAACCAAACACCUCCGCUCCAUCUAGCGGCAGGGUCCGAAAAUGAAAUGCUGAUACGAAAUCUCAUUCUGGCUGGAGCCCGGCUAAACGAUCGAGAUGCUACUCAGAAAACUGCCUUACACGUUGCUGCUGAACGUGGUACCAUUGGAUCCGCAUCGGCUCUGCUUCAGAACGGUGCCGACUUUGAUGCAGUCGAUGGUGAUGGCAACAAUGCCCUCCACCUAGCCGUCCGGGAAGGUCAUAUCACAGUGGUCCGCGAACUGCUUACCGAGUCCGAACUGAACGCCGAAGUCGUAAAUCUGAAAGGUAGAAACCCCCUGCAUGAACUCUGUCGCUGUGGAAAAGACAACACAGCCGCCGGAAUACUGGAGCUGUUCCUGGAGUGCAUGCCGAGGUAUCCGAUUAAUACGCCCGACCUGCAGGGCAAUACACCGCUGCUUCUGGCCUACAUGAGAGGCCAAGCGCAGCUGUGCCGGAUUUUGGUGAAAAACGGUGCCUGCCUGGGGGCGGAGAACAAGGAAGGCUUGACGAUUUUCAAUUUCAAACUAGCUACCAAUCAGCUGCUGCAUAGACUGUUGGAUGAACUACCACAGGAAUCACCGUGGGCUUCGUCCGAACUGUGUCAGGAAUGCGGAACCAAAUUUACUGCCAUCACGUUGCGAAAGCAUCAUUGCCGCCACUGUGGCCGAAUUCUGUGCAGCCGCUGUUCCAACAACGAUGUCCCGAUCAUCAAGUUCGGAAUUAACAAACCGGUUCGAGUAUGCUGCGUUUGCUUCGAAGUGCUACAAGUCGGUAGCGGAGCGUAAUUUUCCCGUUUCUAUUUUUAAUCUUCUUUUAUCAAUCCUACUUUAUUCGAUGUUAAGUUAAAGUGGAUUCAAACACAUUUUGCCAAACAUGUUUAGUUCUUCUGUGUGUACUGAUUAAAGACAAAUUUGUUUGAUGCGAACGAAAUCAAUAGACGAACAGCAAGCAAAAGAUAUUUCUAUUCAUCAUUUUCAUAGCAACUACGUGGUAAAAGAAAACGUAGUCGCAUAGUUAUUAGUGUAAGCUAACUGUACGUGCAUAUUAUGAUCACCUAUACUCGAGUAUUUAUAAAUAAUUGUAAAACAAUUUCCAAACAUUCGCAUAUUAUACUGAAAUUCUGAAUGCAA